AGAGAGAGAGAGAGAGGGGAUAGUCCUGAUGAGCACAGAGAAUGAGUGCUUCAUAUAAACUGCACACAGGGAGGAGACGCAGCAUUUGACUCAAGUGAACGUAGGAGGAAACUCCUCAUUAAAAACAACCAGCUGCGGACUGACCUGAAGGUCUCAAUGGACUUGGCCCUUGUUAUAGUUUUGCAAAUCAUGUUCGAGACAUGUCUCUCAGCCCCGUUAUUCACUGUUGAGGCAGAGCAAUCCUCAUAUGCAUCAGAGUUUGGAGAAGAUGUUGUAAUGGGCUGCAGGUUUCAGCCUACACUACUGAAUCCUAAGGACGACCUGGAGGUGAACUGGCACUGGUUCGACCCCGUAACUAGUCAACCCCGGCUAGUGUAUGGGAUGCUUAACGAGAAGGAGAAAUUGGCGUCCCAGGAUCUGAAAUAUCGGGGUCGAGUGAGGCUUCUCACUGACGAGCUGAAGGAUGGCUGGGCAAAGUUAGAGAUCUCCAGGCUCAGGAUCAAUGACUCUGGGGACUACCAGUGUUUCGUAAAGACAGGAGUGGGAGCUGAUUACAAAAGAAUAGAAUUGUCUGUUAAAGCACCUUAUAAAAAAGUGAUUAAACAAAUUGAGACGGCUGCAGAGAAGGAUGAGGCGCUACUGAUCUGCCAGUCUAAAGGAUACCCCGAUACUUCUGUUACGUGGCUGGAUGGACAGCAGAGAGAACUCAACUCCAGUCUCACUGUUAAAAUAACACCAGACCGGCUUUUCAUAGUCACCAGUGAGAUACGAGUGCGCUCAUCAGUCAAAAACAACUACACGUGCCGCUUCACAACUGAUGGCUCCUCUGCAACAUUUCAUAUUCCAGAUGAAAUCUUUAUUGUUCCACCAAACAACGCUCAACGCAUCGUCGCAGUGAGCACGGGAGUGAUAAUAAUAAUGGUCGUUAUCAUUGUCGGAGUACUUAUGUAUCGACGCCAAAAAGGGUCCAACGCUCCCAGCUCCAGGAACCUUUUGGUUGGUGGUUGGUCUGUUUCUCCUGUUGGCUGCCGAGAAAUAAAGAAAGAAAACGAGGAAGAGAGAACUAUUUUUAACAAAGGCUGCAUGGAGGAAAAUCUGGGGGCGUCUGUGAAAGCCCAUUAUUCCGACUCUUUCAGUGCGGAUGCGAAACAUCACUUAGAUGCUUUCAGUGUGAAGGAGUUGCCUCAAAGGCUGCAGAACAAUGAGGGUCAGCCUGUGAGUCUUCAAGCUUUACUUCCAGAAGCUGGGGAGAUGCUUUUUCUUGAGGGACUUCCAGGAAGUGGGAAGACAACCAUAGCCUACAUCCUGGUCUCUUCCUGGACUGAGGGAGCCACACAUUCCCUCUCUAACAUCCUUGAUCUCAGCGCCCUCCAACUCCUUUUAUAUGUCGACUGCACCAAGGUGAAAGGUGACUUGUUCCAGGAAAUAAUGACUCAGCUUUCUCUCUGGGAAAAGAUAUCAACAGAGGAUGAACUGAGGACUGUGUUAACCGGGUCAAGUGAGGCUCUGCUGCUGUUGGAUGGGUACAGAGAGGGGAACAAAUCUUUCGAUGAGUCCUUAAAGAUGUUUCUCAGUGAAAAAGGAGGAUGCAGGGUCCUUGUCACAGCCUGCCCAGGACACUGCCCCACACUCAGGAACACAGUUGGGACAGGAGGGGUGCUGGAGCUUCAAAUACCAGUUGUGAAGUACUGAGAACAUUUGUGACCAACGAAAACUUUAGAUACCUGUUACAUUUGUGUGUUGUUUAGAUUUAUUUUUUUAUUUUGUAUAAGCCCAAAUAUGCUGCAAUGUUGAAUUCAAUGCAAAUGACACAAUAAAUACUGCUUUUGUAUUAUAUACUUUA